AUGUCAGAAGAAUACUAUGAGGCAACCCUCGACCACCCCUGCGCCUCUUGCAAAUGCCUUGAACUGGAUGACGCACAGCUCGGUGGCAAGGUGGAGAUCGAUAGCAGUGGGACAUCUCGCGUUUCCUUCGGUGAUGCACGGGAGACUAUUGGAAGACACUUGAAUGAUUACUACAGGCCUGCGGACGGCGAUGAUUAUGUUGUAAGCCCCAAUGGAAGGGUGCUAACGCUGGGCUACCAUCGCGAAGACAUGUUCCCGAACCUGCCCAGCCUUGAAAAAACUGCCAGCCAGGGAUGCGAGUUUUGCUCAAUGUUACGGCAAGAUCUGCUCUCUGUCUGGUUGAAGAGAGAUGAAUUGGCCGACGUGAGAGCACGUGUAGAGAAUGGGACCGACAGGCCCACUGACAAGGGGAAGAUCCUCAUCCAUGAAAUCAAAUGCCAGUAUCGAUACUUUGCCUGGUCGAAUGGUGGUGAAAGGGGAUUGCCGUGGCUCGAUACCUUCACAGUAUUCUUCAGGGUCUUCGACGGUCGGAAGUUCAGGGAAGGCUCAUUGUCCUACAACGUGUCCACCGACUCAUUUGAUAAAUGCGCGGGAUGGCUUGGCAUCUGGCGCCGACUGGUGACACCAGAGGCUUUGCCUUCGCAGAGACUGAAUUGCCUGCUCGAAGAGGCCAUUCGGCGCGUCCCGCCCCCGACGGAGAAUCUUUACCUGCCGACGCGACUAAUUGACGUCGGCUCGCGGUCACAACCCACGCUUCGAUUGGUAGUCCCAAAAGAUGACCCUUCGUUUCUGGAAACGGUUGAUCCAGCGGCGAAAAGGUAUAUCGCGUUGAGCUACUGCUGGGGGUCCAGGGAAGAUGCGGAGAAGCAGCUGAAGACUACAGGCGACACGCUCAACGAGCAUCUUGAGCAUCUGCAAUACGAGAAGCUGCCGCGGACAAUUGCGGACGCGGUCGAGCUGUGUCAGACACUGAAAAUUCGUUAUUUGUGGGUAGACGCGUUAUGCAUCAUCCAAAGCCACGCCGAGGACUGGGCAAGAGAGUCGUUCGAAAUGGCGAAUGUCUAUGCCAACAGCCUCUGCACUGUCUGCGUCCUUCGAGGAAGCUCAUGUGUGGACGGAUUCUUGCAACCCCGCAAAGUCCGUCCUAGACUCGCUGUGAGAUUCCGCUCUGCUUUGGACGCUUCCGUGUCGGGUAAAUUCUACCUCAGCCAGCCUAAAGCAGCGCACGAUGACUUCGAAUACGAUUUCCAAGCAGGAAAUCACACCUUGUAUCAUCCGGCAAGUUGGGACUUGGAGGGCUCUGCGUGGACCGAAAGGGGCUGGACCUUUCAAGAAGAGCAGCUAUCGACAAGGAGGAUUUUUGUCGGCGACCGCAUGUUUCAUGUGAGCUGCAUGGGCUUUCAUGAAUCCGAGGAUGGGUCUCGCUUCGAGUACCACUCUCUACUUUCUCGGCUGACAGGGCCCAAUCUGGACAACAUAUUCGUCAGCUGGUACGACUGGGUGGAUUUGUAUACUUCUAGACACCUCACUGUCGCUGGAGAUAAAUUGCCAGCUCUUUCUGCCUUGGCGCGGACAGUGGCUGAGCUCUACCCUGGACAGCGCUACUUGGCCGGGUUGUGGGAGGCAGAUCUCCAACGCGGGCUUCUUUGGACGGUCGAACGGAGGAACCGAUCUAAAGACUAUAUGCAAGACAGGAAGAACGAAUACAUCGCGCCGUCCUGGAGCUGGGCUUGCGACUCGAUCAUUCCCACGCGGAUCAUCGGCCCUGACGACUCGCGCUAUCCUUAUACUCGCAAAUUCGAGCUGUGCGAUGCCAAGCUCGAAACCGACCCGGGGAAUCCGUUUGGGAGCGUUUCGGCCGGAUAUAUCCUAUUGAACGCGAAACUGUUCCGAGUCCCUCUCGAUGCAAAUGGCAAGCCUAAUACUAUUCCCAAACCGAAAGAAGAAGGCUAUGCACAGCUGUACAUGCAGUUCGAUCUCACGCUUCGCUCGCCAGAGGAUGAGUACAUUGCUGACUUUCGUUUUGACUGCGAUUGCCCAGGAGGACAGCAUGUGGAUAGCUGUUCAAAAGGAUCCAUUGGUCAGUUGUGGAUGAUUUGCAUAUCGAGUGCGCAGCUUGCCUCGAACUAUGGGAAUGUGAGAGAUGAGGAGAUCAUGUUUGGGCUUCUACUGAGGCAAGGGGCUUAG